CACGACACUUGUAGGGAUGAUCUUUCUGUUCUAGCAGAUUCGAUCUGAAGCGCAGUUGUGGAAGUUACAAUUAAAGUUCUUUCUUCACCUGUUUAUUCAGCUAUAUUUCCUUUGGGAACGUCUUUUAUAAUUAAUUGGAGAAGCUGAACAAAAGUGCAACAAAAAACAUGGAAUAAAGUAGCCAUUUAGAUUGUCCAUUAUAUUCAAAAGACCAACGACGCACCUGUACAAUGAAGUGACCAGUCAGGAUAGAGAUGACACAAUUUCUACAGGAUGACCUGUCUCGCAUGGACGAUCUGUCCAUCAACAGCAUCCAGAAAUGUUUGAAAGCAAGAUAUGAAAGAGAUCUGAUUUACACUAACGUCAGUGACAUAUUGAUUGCCAUUAACCCACGGAAGGAACUCAAGAUUUAUGACAAAAAGACCCACGACAAAUACCAUGCUGACAAAUAUGGAACAGAAGUGCAACCGCAUAUUUUUCAAAUUGCAUCAACAGCUUACAGGCGCAUGCGCGAAAAUGACGCAAAUCAGGUCAUUAUUGUGUCUGGAGAAAGUGGAGCCGGAAAAACAGAAAGCACCAAACAUAUGGUGAAACAUAUGGUACAUAUGAGUCAGAAAGGAGAUAUGGAACUACACGAGAAAAUCGUGAAGAUCAACCCUCUGUUGGAAGCGUUCGGCAAUGCUAAAACAAUUAUGAAUGACAACUCAAGCAGAUACGCUAAAUAUCUUGAGAUAAGUUUUAAAGAUGGUGGAGAGCUAGCUGGAGCGGUGGUUAGGGACUAUAUGUUGGAGAAAUCGCGUGUUGUUCAUCAGAAUAAUGGUGAAGGAAAUUUCCACAUUUUCUAUGCAUUGUUUGCUGGGUGCCGUCAAGAGGCUCUUGAUGACUUAUUUCUAAACGAACCUACAGAUCAUUACAGGAUUAUGCAAAGUGACCCAACCAGUUUAGGUGAGACUGAAAAAUACAAACAGAUGUAUCAUGAAAGUAUGGACAUACUGCGAAAAAUCAAUGUUAGCAGAGAAAUAAUUCAAGCGAUGCUUGCAGCGGUAAUUCUUAUUUCUGAAAUAGAAUUUGAUGAGGAUAACAGAGGAUCUGCUCAAAUAAUGGAUGCAGCACCAUUUGCACAUGUGGUUAUACUGCUUAACCUUGAUGAAAUCACGUUCGGCGAGGCUCUCAUAACUAGCAAGCGUAAAAUCCAAGGCGAUUAUGUAGCAACACAUAAAACAGUGAAACAAGCAAAUGAUGGUCGUGAUGCACUGGCUAAAAUGUUGUAUGAAAGAAUGUUUGGCUGGUUAGUCAGAAUGAUAAAUCAGGAUCUUCAUCCAAACAGACUCGGAUCAAGUAUAGCUGCGAACAUAGGGAUAUUGGAUAUUGCCGGGUUCGAGAAACUACAAAACAAUAGCUUUGAACAACUGUGUAUAAAUCUGGUCAACGAGAAGUUACAGAGCUUCAUGAAUAAGAAGAUCUUUACGAUGGAGUUAGAAAUAUACAAAGAAGAGGGUAUUCAGUUGGAUGGAAUAAAUUUCAAAAACAAUGACGAAUUAUUAGAUAUGUUUGAAACGCCAAAAUCUGGUGUGUUGGCAAUACUGGAUGAGAACUCCAAUACCCAGCAUGCAUCUGAUGUAGGAUUCGUCCAACAGUUGAAAACAAAGUUUGGCAAGCAUGAACUGUUCAAACAACCACCUGGAGACAGACCGAUUUUCUGCAUCCAGCACUUUGCUGCUUUGGUUUCGUACAAUGCAGAAGGAUUUCUGGAGAAAAAUCGUGACAGAUUGAACGAGGAACUGGUUCAAGUGAUGCGAGAGAGCACAGAUGAAUUUAUAGCUGACCUUUUCACCAUAAAGAAGGGACCAACAGGAACUAUCUCAAUGGGGCCCACUUUUAAGUUUCGAGCUUCACGCCGAGGAGUUCCGGGUAAGCCUGAACAGCUAAAGCCAAAGCCACAAAGAGCUGCUCUAGCUGAAGAACUCCGUAAAAGUCUAAAGAAAAAGUUUGGAAACGUUCAGAGACCAUCCGAGACGACACAAAUCACACCAGGAAAGGAACAUGCAACGCUUGUAUCCUUUUUCCAGAAGUCAGUGAUGGAGCUAUUAGAAAAACUAGGUGACGGAGAUCCAUUUUUCGUAAGAAUAAAAGCCAACUUGAACCAUAGAGCAGACAAUUUUGACGAAAGAGUUGUAAUGGAUCAGCUUCGAUACAACGGUUUAGCUGAAAUAGCAAAGAUAAGAAAGAUGGGUUUUGCAGUUAGGAAGCUAUAUAGCGAUUUCUUUAACAGGUACCGUGGUUUAUUUCCAUUACCUCCGUUAGAACGACAGCCAGACGUAAAGCAAAGCCUUCUUCUUCUAGUCCCAUCAGCCUAUCAUAGAGACUUCAGAUGUGGAAAAACAAGGGUAUUUAUGACUAGCGAGUUGAACGAUUGGUUUGAGCGUAUAUUGCGCUGUCGUCAGAAGACUGCUGCUCUGACAGUCACGAGAUGUAUGCGUAAAUUAGCUGAAAUCAAGAUAAAGGUGAGAUAUAAAGAACAGAAGGAAAGCACAUCCCCUAGGCCUGUACCAGGAACAGUUGGAGGUAGUGACCUAUCUUCGUCUGGAUUAUCGUCGUCCUCGUCAUCAUCCGGAGGUUAUGAUUUUCCAUCAUCAAUUAAUCCUCCGGAAGAUACUGUGCCACAGCCACGACCUCCGAUGCAUGAGGUAGAAGAAACAAAAGAAAAGAAAAGAAAAAAGACUGAAACAGCUUUCUGGGAUGUGUGUCAGAUUAUUGCUAGAGAAAGAAAAAUUCGGGACGUUGACGAAGACAGAGGACUCCAAGUUAUCAAGGUUGUUACCUACAUCCUGCUGUUUUGUAUUCUUCUGUGGUGUGCUGCGGCUCAAAAACUUAGUCUAAUGGUUCUUGUGUCACCGCAAUUUGAUCGUACUGAAAACAGAUCAGAGUCGAAAGUAAUGGAGGAUAGUACGGUAGCCGCGGCCAGACACAUUCUCCUUACAAUAGCUAUUUUAAUCCCGUACUGCUUGAAUUUCUUAAGUAGUGUCUUCAAGUGGACGUUUGGAAACUUGCCUUUACCAAGCGCCUCGACAUUCUUCUUGUGUUUGAUUGUCGAAGUGAUGCAUUCGAUUGGACUGUGCAUACUUGCUUUUAUUGUGCUUCCGGAACUUGACAUUGUUCGUGGAAUAUUUCUGCUCAGUGGCGUUGCUGUUCUUCCGGCAGUUUUGUUUCCGGUUUGUGCAUCAGAUGUUAAAAUACAUAACAGACGUGAAAGACAAUCAUGCGGCCUGAAACGUGUUGUCUUUACCUUGAAUAUUCUAACAGCACUGCUGCAGUUUGGAUACAUCCCUGUUGUUCUGCUAACAAAUCAUUUUAUAGAAGACAGUAAAUUGGACAAUGAAGUAUACAAUAUUGUACUUUUUGUUGUGUCAAUGAUUUUUGUUUCGUGUACUUAUUGGGAGAACUUUGUGGAUGACAGAUUCUGCGGUCGAAAAAUUCAAAGAGGAUGUUGGAGAAAGCUUAUAUUAAAGACAAAAUUCGACCUUCAAGAGGCAAGACCAAUAAUUUCGUGCUCCACCACCUUUUUCAAGAUUGGUCUGACCAUUUUCUUCUCUUGGAUUAUCAAAACAUAUCACCCAGAGAACGUCACUGUUACUGAUCCAGAAAGAAAUAACAACACUAAGCGUAUCGACAUGGUUACCUUCUCUGACGCGUUUGACAAAAUUGGAGAAUUGCCAAUAGCAAACAGUGCUGCCAUCAUUGCAUUGACAUUGUCAGCUUUUGUUGGUCAUUACGUAGGUUACAUUGCAUGUAAACUACAACUGCAAAUGUUUUCAUUCAAUAUUCCUCUAAUACUUUCUACUCCGAUGGCUAUACUAUUAGCAUCAGUGGACUGUUUUGUUAUACGUUUACUUGUGCCAUUUACAGAUGAAAAAAUAACAUGCAAACAUGUACCAGUGCGGGAUGCAGUAGAGCACUACAUAUGCGGUAUAGUUGCGUGGAUGUCCUUGUAUUGGCUAUGUAGGCAUAUAUUCUACCCAAAUACAGAAAAACUUGCAAAGGCAGAAAGGUUGUUUAUGAAUCCGUUCUAUUGUGGCAUUCUUUUCGAGCAAACCAUGAUUCUAAACAGACGUCGUCAUACAAGAAAAGUAUAUCUACAAAUAAAGGAUGAUAAGGCUUACUACAGGUUGUCUCAGUAUAACUCCAAGAUAAACAUAGAGGGUGAGGAGAAAGAGGAUACUCCCAGCCAAACUGACGGUAAAACGGAAAAUGAAGAUAUUAACGCAUCUAAUUAUAAGAAUCCAAAGUUCAGGGAUGCGCCAAUGAUAUAUGCAUGUGCAACUAUGUGGCACGAGUCUAAAUACGAAAUGUUGCAACUCAUGAAGUCACUUUUUAGAAUGGACCGAGAUCAAUGUAUAAGAAGACAUGCAGAAGAGGUGUCCCAAGAAGUUGACAAAGAUUUCUAUGAUUUCGAAGCACACAUUUUGUUCGAUGAUGCAAUGACACAAAACAAGGAGAAGGAGAAGAAGGUGGUACCAAAUGAUUAUGUAAUGACGCUUGUUAACCUUAUAGACGAAGCAGCUAGUUGCGUUUAUGAGAAAACAACUACAAUCAAGGCGCCAAUCAAGGUCCCAACUCCAUAUGGAGGCCAGCUUAUCUUUACAAUGCCAGGCGACAAUUUUCUUUUCAUACACCUCAAAGACAAAAACAAAAUAAGACACAAGAAACGUUGGUCACAGGUAAUGUACAUGUAUUAUUUGUUGGGCUUCCGAAUUGUACGGCUGUGUGAAGAAACGGUCACAGCAGCUCUAAAAGGAGGAAACAUAAAUGAACUUAUUCAGUGGGAACAAGGAACAUCUUCUGGAGGAAGAAUUGGCAGGAGUCAUAUUUUCCACGUUUUCGACGACCAAGUUCUGAAGAAAGCAAGUAAUACGUUCUUGUUGGCUCUAGAUGGAGAUGUUGACUUUUCUCCUGGGGCUGUGCGCCUUCUACUCGACAGAAUGAGGAAAAGUGAAAAAGUUGGGGCCGCCUGUGGCAGAAUUCAUCCAAUAGGGACGGGUCCGGUCGUUUGGUUCCAGAAGUUUGAGUAUGCUAUCGCUCACUGGUUACAGAAAGCUACAGAGCAUGUCCUUGGAUGCGUUCUUUGUAGUCCAGGGUGUUUCUCAAUGUUCAGAGGUUCUGCACUUAUGGACGAUAACGUAAUGAAAAAGUAUACAAUACUACCUACAGAGCCCGCCCAUCACCUAAUGUAUGAUUUAGGUGAAGAUCGUUGGUUGUGCACUCUCCUUCUCCAGCAAGGUUAUAGGGUCGACUAUGCAGCUGGUUCUGACGCUUUUACUUACGCUCCAGAAGGCUUCGCAGAAUUCUUCAAUCAGCGCCGAAGAUGGAUGCCAUCCACAGUCUUUAAUAUCAUUGACCUGCUUGCUGACUACAAGAACACCGUGUACGUUAAUUCCAACAUCAGUAUGCUGUACAUCCUGUACCAGGGUGCGCUGCUGAUGUCUACAAUUGUCGGUCCUGCGACAGUUUUGAUGAUGAUCGCUGGAGCAAACAUGGUUGUAUUCAAGGUCACUGUAAUCUGGGGUUAUGUGAUUGCACUUGCGCCUGCAGUUUUCUAUUUUAUCAUAUGUUUUUACGUGAAGUCAAAGACUCAGAUUCAAAUUGCAGAAGUACUCACCGGUCUAUACUCUUUUGUGAUGAUGAUAGUGUUAGUUGGAACUAUAGUAACCGCAGCUCAAGAGAGUCCAUUUCAUCCCAGCGUCAUAUUUCUUGGAUUUCUAGUUGUAGCGUUUACGUUCUCAGCCUUGUUGCAUCCAAAGGAAUGGUCAUGCAUUAUUUUUGGUGCACUAUACUUCCUUCUUAUUCCUACUGGAUUUUUGUUGUUGAACAUAUACUCAAUUUGUAAUCUGCAUGUCGUUUCCUGGGGCACUCGAGAAGUUCCAAAGGAGAAGACAAAAGCUGAAGAAGAGGAAGAGAAAAGGCAGGCUGAAGAAAAGAAAAAGAAAAAGAAAGAAAGAGGGUUUUUCGGCAAGUUUUUUCCAACAUUUCCAACAAAGGAAUUUAAAGACAUGAUCAGCAAACUUACAGAGAGUCAGAACACAAAGAAAGAAGAUCUAAGUUUGAAUGAAACUAAUAAACUUUUAAAGGAAGUGAAUGAACAUUUGAAGGCCCUUGUUGAACAAAAAUAUAAGCCGAUACAAUCAACGGGACAGCUAAUGUCGGAUGAGAAAGCAAAAAAUGUACAACUGUCUGCAGAUGAAACGACAGUGGUUAAACCAAAGGGCAUAUUGAAGCAUCAACAUACUGAUCAUCAUUCUACAAAACACGCACAUAUAUCAGAAAGUGAGAGAAAUAUUGAAACAAUUAAUGACAGCGAUAAAAAAAAGAGAGAAGAUCUCGUUAAUCCUACAUGGGCAAAAAAACUCAAAAAUGGAAAGGUUAUUACUCUUGAAUCUGAAGAAUUGAAGUUCUGGGAGAGUUUUGUGGAGAAGUACCUUGAACCUCUUGCUUCUACGGAUGAACAAAAAAAGGUUGAAAAAGGUCUGAUAGAGUUACGCAAUAACAUUGCUCUUGGCAUGGCGAUGAUAAACUUGCUUUGGAUCGCCAUCAACUUUAUGUUUCAGUUCGAAAGUCCAACAACAAUACCUUUGAAAUUCUCUGGAUCUGAAAAUAGUCCUGACAGUCCUGACUACCUGGAGGAAAAUCAAGAAGAUUCUGACGUCUCUGAAUCAGCUGAUAACAUUAUAGAAGUUGACGUUUUGGGAUUGUUGUUUAUAUUCUUCUACCUUGCAAUUUUGCUGCUGCAAUUUAUUGGCAUGAUUAUUCAUCGCUGGGGAACCUUCCAGCAUUUAGUCUCCGUGACAAAACUAAAGAAUCCUUUUCCAAAAGCUGAUAGGAAAACAAGGCGACAAUCUAGUUCUGUGAAAGAAACAAAAGAUAUCGAUGCAGCGGAAGCUAGAGAAAUAAUAGAUAAUAUACUAAAGGAGCCGUUACCUGACUAUUCUGAUGACAGUGGAGCUGAGGAGCAAUUUGAAAAGGAAAUUGAGGAAGAACUUCAAGUUUUACAGAAAACAGGAUCGAGGUAUCGUGUUACGGUUACAAAAAAUGGCAUCGGCGCAACAUCUCGGCGUCUAGGUUAUACUGACUUGGGAAGAUCAAGAGAUGGUUUGUCUAAAAGCGCUAAACAUAUCAAAGACGGUUUACAAGCAACAAUGAGACAGCAUGCCAGUGCUCCGAAAAGUGAGGAGUUGAGGCGGGGAAUGCAUUAUGAAGCUUACAGGGCAAAGGAUAAAAACGUUGAUAGACCUCUUCCACUUGUCAGGCGAAGAAGACUUAAUCUUGGGCCAGGAAGAUUGGAGCUAGCGACACGGUUGCAAGAAUAUUUGGAAGAUCCUGCUGCUUCUAGACCUUUGAUUGAGGAGAGAGAUUCAGAUGACGAUAUUUAUGACAGGAUUGGAUCAAAAGGAACAGUAAGUCGACAAAUUGGGAAAAGGCUGAAAUUGUGUAACAAAUCGUUGAAAUUAAUGGAAUCACGUUCGAAUGGACCUAACCAGCAUUGUGUAUCUUUUGAAAACUCAGGACGACCAACAUCUACGGAUGAAGAUGACACGACCUACAGGAAGCAGCUUUACUGAGGUCACGACAUUUUGAGAAGAUGACAAAGACUGUGAAACAUUACAGUCUUAUUUGAUGUAGGCCAUUUUCCUUUCAUUGCUGAGAACGGAAUAAUAUAGUACACUGUUCUACCCAGCACCAAGACAUGCUUUCCGUUGUCGUCAAUAUUCAUCACAUGACUGUUCUGUUUGCACCAGGUUUCUUAAAGACAGACUACGCUCUAAAAUUCCGGAACACUUAUCUUUUUCACUCCAUUGACUUAAGAAGUGAUGUGGACUCGACUGUGAUAGUUUUUUGUUUCUACUAUAUAACCCAAUCAGUUUCAUUUGAUAUCAUCCAUUUUAUGUAAUUUGGCUAACACAACUUUAAACAUUAAUAAGUAUAUAUGUGUUGUGAAAGCAACACGUGAGUUUAUCAGAAGGUAAUUUUAUAACUUAAUAAUAUGAACGUUGUUUUGAAAGUUAUCUUCGUUUUCUAUAUACAAAGAUGUGUUUGUCCCUUUUUUACGCUUCGUUAGAGACCAUUUAUCUUUCAUCUUUCUGUUUGCCAAACACACGAUAUUGUUCUGUUAACAUGUCUUAGGAUAUAUAUCAACUUUCUUGUUCCUCAAUCUGUGUGUUUUAUUCAAAUCGUAAUUUCUAUUUUUGUUAAGCUCACCUGUCACGUAGUGACAAGUUGAACUAUUGGGAUCGCCCUUCGUCCGUCGUCCGUCCGGCCGUUCACAAUUUCUUGUGAACACGAUAAAUACCACAUUUUGCAAUCGAUUUUAAUCAAACUUGUACACAACUUGUAGUGGCAUAAUAUCAGUUAUGGUCCCUUAAAGUGCCACAAUUGUGAACACGAUAGAGAUCAUAAUUUGCAGUCAAUUUUAAUCAAACUUGCACACAACUUGUAUUGGUAUAAUAUCUCGGUUCCUUACAAAACCAGGCCAGAUCCCAUCAUGAGUUCCAGAGUUAUGAUCCAUUGAAGGGCCAAUAAUUGCAAUUAUUUUUGGCUUUUAAAGCCGUAUAGGGGCUUCAUUUGUUGUUUGAUUUGAUAAAAACUUGCAAAAUAUCUUUACAACAAUAGAUCUUGGAUUCUAUGAUGAAUCUAUCAGAUCCAAUCGUAGGUUCCAGAGUUACGGCUUCUGAUUGACCCCUGAACGAGACAAAAAAAAUAAUUUUACCUGGUGAACAUGAUAGAAGUAAGACCACACUUGCAACCAACUUUAGUCACAAUAAGAUCUCCGUUCCUUUCGAAAACCGGCUAGAUUCCUUCAUGGGUUCUAGAGUUACAACCCCUGAAAGGGGCAAACUUUUCUAUUUUGGCCCUUUCAGCCAUAAAGAGGUUUCAUUUAUGCUUUGAUUUGAUACAAACUUGCACAGAAUGUUUAUCUUGGUAAUCCCUAGGCCAAGUACAAAACUGGCUCAUGUUGAGUAAAAAACUAGGUCACAAGGUCAAAUGAAAGGAAAAGCUUGUUAACAUAUUUGAGGCCACAUUUAUGAUAAUAUCUUCAUGAAACUUGGUCAGAAUGUUUAUCUUGAUGAUUCCUAGGCCAAGUUUGAAACUGGGUCAUGUGGGGUCAAAAACUAGGUCACCACUCAAAUCAGAGGAAAAGCUUAUUAACACUGUAGAGUCAACGUUUAUGACCCUAUCUUCAUGAAACUUGUUCAGAAUGUUUAUGUGAGCGAUAUAUGAUCAGAUUGACCCUCUUGUUUUUUUAUUGAUUUUAAAAUUGACUUUAUUUCUAAUUGCGAAAUACAAUCUUAUGAAUAUUUACUAUGUGUUAAGGUACAUUUGUUUUGAACGUUGACAUACAUCUUGUGCUUAGAUGAAGGCAAAUAUAUAUGUUAAUCAAUGCUUUUUAUUUUUCAUUUAAAUAACAACUUUUUUCUUGAUGUUUCUUUCCUGUGUCAGAAAAUGAUUGUAAACGAUGAAAAGUACAUUUUGAUUUUAAUGAAGCAAUGUUUCUAUACUCCGCUUACUUUACAAAUUGACAGGUUAAAUAUUCUUCAACAAAAAAAGGGGGUAACAUAUUUGGCACGGAAUUAAACAUCAAAGAAUCUAUUUUUAAUAAAUUUGAUUGUUUUCUGUAUUCAGUUAGUUUCGGUUAAGUUUUGUUGAGUUUGUUUGUUGUUGUUGUUGUGUUGUUUUUUCUUUGUUUUUUUCACGUGGCACUUUGCAACAAUAUUUUCUUGUAUUUGUUAUUGCACAUAACAUUUAAAGACAUAAUAAAGAGUAACGGUU